UGUGUCGCCGAGAGAUGAUAAGUACCUCGGACUUUUAACUCGGGUAAAGUCUCCAACUAAAAGGAGGGUAGGGCGAGUUCACUCUCUGGUCACUAUACUGUAUCGACACCUUAGCUACUGUGGCGUGCUACCACUAAGUACAAGGAGAAUGGUGUAAAUUGUGCAGACUGUCUGGAAAAAAUAAGUCUAGGUCACCCGUAUUUUAUCUAAGACGAGGAACGGUAAACACAGGAAGUAUUGUGUGCCUGCGCGCGACAUAUAAAAUAAUUUCGGAUUAGAAACAGAUUCAGCCAUGGUGAAGAUUUUUGGUAUAGAGUUUGCUCCCCUGAGAGUUCCGUUUAAGCGGCGUAUAGAGACCCUGGCUGUGGCCCAGUACACCCUAUGUUUCCUGUUCCUGGGUUUCAGCUGUCUCUUCGCCAGUGUUUACAUCCUCUUCUUCACACAGUACUACUAUCUCCUGCUUUUAUACCUUGUGUGGAUGUAUUACGACCGGGAUAUCGCAGAGCGUGGAGGUCGAAGGUCAGAUUGGGUGAGGAGUUGGAGAAUCUGGGAACAUUUAAAGGACUAUUUUCCAGCCAAAUUAGUCAAAACAGCUGAAUUAAACCCAGAAAAAAAUUACAUUUUAGGAUUUCAUCCUCACGGUAUUAUGAGUACAAGUGCUUUCGUCCAUUUCGCCUCGGAAGGUUCUGGCUGGAGCAAAAUGUUUCCUGGAAUCACUUCAUUCCUGUUAGUCCUCAAGGGUCACUUCAUGUUUCCAGUGUACAGGGACUACUUAAUGUUGUCAGGAACUGUGGCGGUCACUAAAAGCAGUAUGAACUUCCUGAUGCGAGAGAACGGGACCGGCAACGCGCUAGUUCUGGUCGUCGGUGGAGCCCUUGAAGCACUGGAAGCGUUCCCAGGCAGAUUUAACCUUAAACUAAACAAACGCAAGGGCUUCAUCAAGUUGGCCCUGGAAACGGGGACAUCCCUGGUACCAACCUUCUCUUUUGGCGAGCUUAAUCUGUAUCAACAGAUGGAAAAUCCUCCCGGCUCCUUCCUCCGUCGCCUCCAGAAUAUCAUGACUAGUUAUUUUGGGUUCUCUCCCCCUAUCUUCCAUGGACGUGGUGUUUUCAACUACACAUACGGACUCAUUCCCUAUCGUCAACCGAUCAAUACAGUCAUUGGGGCUCCAAUUGACGUGGAGAUGGUGGAUCAGCCCAAUCAGUCUCAGAUUGACCAACUUCACGCUAAGUACCUGGCAGCUCUUAGGCAACUCUUCGACACUCACAAAGAAAAGUAUGGUGUGGAUCCGUCCAAUGAACUUCAUUUCAUGGAUUAAGCUCAAUUCAUUACAAAUACAAGUUCAAUAAUCCAAAAACUUUAUUUCCAAGCAAUUUAGACACUUUUUAUAGUGAUAAUUCUUUGUUUUCUUUUCACUAGAAACCUUAUUCUAAUAUGCUCAUGCAGUUGCAGUAUGGUUCAUAAUUACCAUAAAAAGAUGAUUAUCUUAAUCAAAAAGCAUAUUGAGAUAUCAGGGUAUGUGGUAAUUUUCAUUGAUUAAAGGGUAAUUUACAAGAAAAUGGGUCUAUUAAAAAAAACAAUGGAAAAAAUAUGUUGUUCAUCAUUGAAGAUUCCAUUACGCAUUGCAUCCGAAAAAUGGUGUUUUAAAUUGUCACAAAAGUGAUUGUUACUGGUUUUCCGCUUUUUAACAAGAAAUAUUUUUAUUCUAUGACUUAUUUACAAGUUAACUUAGUUAAAAUAUUGUCACCUCGGAUACCGGCCAAGAUUACUGAGGUGAACACUGUCAAUACUGAUAUCUUGUCAGAAGGCCUGUCUCAGUUAUUUUUCAGCAAUACUCCUAGACCAGCUGUAAUAAAUAUUUUAUCAUGAUGGAAGUAUUGAUUUAUGACAAAAAUCUUGCCAUGCUCCAACUGAUAAUUAUUGAAAUGGGGUGUAUGUUAUGAACAGACUAUAUUUGUCUUUGUAUAUUUUUGUUUUGUUUGGAUUCAAAUAUAAUUCAUUUAGUUUAUUUUCUUAAAUAUGGUUAAUUUGAUUUUUUUUGUUUUUUUCCUUUUGCAACAUAAUACAAUGGUAGCAUUCAUGACAUAAAUAUAGGAUCUUACAUGAGUUUCCAUUUCAUAUGAGAUUUAUGAAAUGAGUCUAAGAAUUUUUCAAUAA